AUGGUUUGGAAGAGCUCCAACUCCAGCCCCUCCGGGUUCUACUUAAGAGGCGUCCCUGGUCUGGAAGGUGCCCAUAUCUGGCUGGGCAUCCCCUUCUGCUCAAUGUACAUCAUGGCACUUUUAGGAAACGGUGCCCUCCUGCUCAGCAUCCUAAUGGUCCACGCCCUGCACCAUCCCAUGUUCUACUUCCUGGGCAUGCUGGGAGUUAUUGACUUGGUCAUGGCCACAUCUGUGGUACCCAAGAUGCUGUGUGUCCUCUGGAUGGGCUCUCCAGAGAUUGGCUUUGACUCCUGCUUCACCCAGAUGUUUCUUGUCCAUUCUGUUACGGCCAUGGAAUCAGGAGUCUUGCUAGCCAUGGCCUUUGACCGCUACAUUGCCAUCUGCCACCCACUGAGAUACCAGGCUAUCCUGACACCCCAAAGGGUGGCCCAGAUCAGACUGGCUAUUCUGACAAGAGGGGUCCUUUUCAUGGUGCCUUUGACCGGGAUGGUGAGAAGCUUGCCCUAUUGUGCUUCCAAACUGAUCCUUCAUUCCUACUGUGAGCACAUGGCAGUCAUGAAAUUGGCCUGCCUGGAUCCUGCUGCAAGCCGCCUCUACAGCGUGGUGGGGUCUACCCUGAUCGUGGGGGCUGACACAACCUUGAUCGCUGUGUCUUAUGGGCUGAUUCUCAGAGCUGUGACAAAACUGACCAAGAAGACAGAGCAGCUCAGGGCCUUCAGCACCUGCAGCUCUCACGUCUGUGUGCUGUUGCUGUAUUACCUCCCAGGAAUAGUCUCCAUCUACACUCAGUGCUUUCCCCAAGGCGUCUCCCCACACAUUCAGGUCCUGCUGGCAAAUCUCUAUCUCAGCCUCCCACCCAUGUUGAACCCAGUUAUUUACAGCAUCCAGGUGGAGCAGGUGCGUGAAGCUCUUUGCAAAGUGUUUCCUUUCAUCAGGAGAAGGGUUGGCUGA